CUCUCUCUCUCUCUCUCUCUUGAAGACCCCACUGAGAUGAGUGCAUCAUCAUUGAGUGUAGAAAGGAGGUUUAUUUGUUAGCCACUGCAAAGCUAGAAAGAGAGAGAGAGAUGAGCAAAAGUAACGGUCAUGGUGGUGGUGGGCCUUGUGGUGCUUGCAAGUUCUUACGCCGGAAAUGUGUGAAGGGCUGCAUCUUUGCACCUUACUUCGACUCAGAACAAGGAGCCUCACACUUCGCAGCGGUGCACAAAGUGUUCGGUGCUAGCAACGUUUCCAAGCUCCUCCUAAGCUUACCAGUCCAUGAUCGUCUCGAUGCUGCUCUUACCAUAUGUUAUGAAGCUUUGGCUCGGAUUAAAGAUCCUGUUUAUGGCUGUGUUGGUCACAUCUUUGCUCUUCAACAACAGGUGGUGAAUUUGCAGGCGGAGCUAGCUUUUGUUCAAGCUCACCUUUCAACAAUGGAGCUUCCACCACAGCCCAUUUCUCCAACUGAUCAGUCUCCUGCCUGUGCUAGCUUGCUCCAUGUUUUCUCAGACAACUCAGUACCUUCUUCUGGUAUAUCAGCAUUGUUGGAUCCCAUGCAGGUGCAACAGAUAUGGGGGAUGGGGAGUUGUUGGAACCAAGCUGAACAAGAUCUGAACAAUGGUGAUCUCCCGGCAUUGGCACGAGAGUUUGUCUCUAAAUACUUGCCAGAAGCAAGAUUUCGGCCACCAGAUUCGUGCUAGAAUGUAAGCAACUUGAGAUAAUUUAGGACCAGUUUCUUACAAGCCCCCAUUAACAGAACUAGUGCAACUUAGCUUUGGCCUGGUCCUAAUCAAGUUUGUCAAAGUCUGAACAUUUUCUUUUUUCAUUUUUCUUUCUCUAGAUGGCCCCAUGAAGUUCACGGAAAGCUUUUCUUUCUUUGUGACUUUUAUAGGCUAACUAGUUAAACAUCUUAGGUUAGUUGUCAUGUAAGUUCUACCAUCAAAUUGUGAUGAAGUUGAGG